UGAUUCACGUUGAGAAAGCGGAAAUCUCACUUCUGAACAAAAUGGCGACUAGUGGAAUGCGUAGUGUUGUCAGGAAAGGUGUUAAUCACUUUAUCGGCAAACAAAAGCCGUUUGUGUUCAUUCAAAGCAUUCAGUUGUCCUCACUACCAAACCAGUUGACAUUUUGUCCCUGUGUGGCAUUCUCAUCUUCUGCUGUUCUACACUCUGAUGUGUCAGUGAAGUACCGUCAUGGAUUGUCAGUGUUUGCAGUGCCUUUGCCUUCGCGUAAGGAGUCAUGUGAAAUCGUUCUCAAGCCUGUGUCCCAUACGGUGAAGGACCUGGUGAACUUUAUCAAGGAGGAAGACAAGGGCAUAGACAGGGUUGCCGUCUACAGGGCCAAUGAGGUGAAGGUAGCUGGUUCCACCACCAUAGAUAUACUGCUGAGGUCGCCAUUCACCCUGACAAUCAAUGAGGAUACAUUCAACAUCUCACCACCAGAACCAGAGGUGACCCUCCCCAGUGAGACUUUCGAGCGUCUGACAGAGGUGAAGAGUCUCACUGCCAAGCUGUACUCUCAGCUGAAUGUAGAAGAAUACCAGCUGAAACGGGAGAGGGACCUUAUACAGCAAAUAGAGGAAUACCGCCUGCAGAUACAGCCCUAUCUCACGAUGAGUGGAAGCUGUACAAGUUCUCAAUCUCAAAAAGAUUAA